AUGAUGGACGAAAGUGUUCUGGCGGCGGCUGCCGACAUUGUCGCGUCCCUCGCUGCCGGCAAUUCCACAGCUUCGUCCCCGACCGACCCCGCUGGCCGCCAAAUUGCUCUUCCCGGGUCCGAAACCCAGGCUAAGAGGCAUCUCGAGGCUGAGCUCCAGAAACUCGCGAUCAGGGUUCGCCACCUCGAGAGCAGAGCGUCCGUCGCCACGCUUCCCACUCUCCCGCAGACUCCGAAUGAGCUCAGUGAUACACUCUUCGGCUCAAGCAGCGUUUGCAGCCCUGCCGCUGCCUCCAAGCAGGCUUCCCAAUGCGUCGGUCAAGGCGCUGCUGCGGCAGCAGAGAGCCCUCCUCUCAAACGCCGCCGACUGGACCACGAUGCGCUUGAUGCACUGCAAGAGCACGUCACAGAUCAGUCCAAAUUGCUUGACACCCAGCGUCAGGAAAUCACGGGCCUCAAUGCCCAGCUGGUCACACAGACGAGGCUGCAGCAAGGGGCCUUGGAUAUCUUGGAACACAAGUCUGUUGCGACCUUGGAAAGAGAGCUGCUCAAACACCAGAAGGCCAACGAAGCGUUCCAAAAGGUCCUCCGGGAAAUCGGCCAGAUUGUCACCGCUGUUGCCCGUGGCGAUCUGACGAUGAAGGUGCGCAUGAACGCCGUGGAGCUGGACCCCGAGAUCACGACAUUUAAGCGCACUAUAAACGCCAUGAUGGACCAGUUGCAGACCUUUGCAAGCGAGGUCUCUCGAGUAGCACGCGAAGUCGGCACCGAGGGUCUCUUGGGUGGGCAAGCAGUGAUUGGCGGCAUCGACGGCACUUGGAAAGAACUUACAGACAAUGUCAACGUCAUGGCCCAGAAUCUCACCGACCAGGUUCGAGAAAUUGCGUCAGUGACAACUGCAGUCGCGCAUGGCGACCUGACAAAGAAGAUCGAGCGCCCUGCAAGGGGCGAGAUCCUGGAACUGCAACAAACCAUUAACACCAUGGUCGAUCAGUUACGAACCUUUGCCUCCGAGGUUACACGUGUUGCCAGGGAUGUCGGCACCGAGGGCAUUCUUGGAGGCCAAGCAGAUGUUGCAGGCGUGCAAGGAAUGUGGAACGAUCUGACCGUUAACGUUAACGCCAUGGCCGACAACUUGACGACUCAAGUCCGCGAUAUCAUUAAGGUUACUACUGCAGUGGCGAAGGGCGACCUUACUCAGAAAGUUCAAGUCGAUUGCAGAGGCGAGAUCUUCGAGUUAAAGUCCACAAUUAACUCUAUGGUCGAUCAACUACAGCAAUUCGCGCGAGAGGUCACAAAAAUCGCCAAAGAAGUCGGAACCGAAGGCCGACUUGGUGGUCAAGCGACCGUUCACGAUGUCCAAGGAACGUGGAGAAACUUAACGGAGAACGUUAACUACAUGGCCAUGAACCUAACGACACAAGUUCGCGAGAUUGCCAAGGUGACUACGGCAGUAGCGAAGGGAGACUUGACAAAGAAAAUCAGCGUUGAAGCAAGGGGAGAAAUCCUCGAGCUAAAGAACACUAUUAACCAAAUGGUCGAUCGACUAGGCACCUUCGCCCUAGAGGUUAGCAAGGUGGCCCGGGAGGUCGGAACCGAAGGAACUCUAGGCGGGCAAGCGCAAGUUUCGAACCUCGAGGGCAAGUGGAAAGAUUUGACUGAGAACGUCAAUACCAUGGCCUCAAACCUCACAGUCCAAGUGAGGAGCAUAUCUGCGGUAACGCAAGCUAUCGCCAAUGGAGACAUGAGCCAAACAAUUGACGUCGAAGCCAACGGAGAGAUCCAGGUAUUGAAAGUCACGAUCAAUAACAUGGUCGGCCGGCUCUCGAGCUUCUGUUAUGAAGUUCAGCGUGUUGCUAAGGACGUCGGUCUUGACGGGAAGAUGGGCGCUCAAGCCGACGUCGUUGGUCUCGAUGGGCGUUGGAAGGAAAUCACCACAGAUGUCAACACAAUGGCCAGCAACCUGACAACACAAGUGCGCGCGUUUUCUGACAUUACCAAUUUGGCGACAGACGGCGAUUUCAGCAAGCUAGUAGACGUGGAGGCAUCCGGGGAGAUGGAUGAACUGAAGCGGAAGAUCAACCAGAUGAUAUCGAACUUGCGAGACAGCAUUCAGAGGAACACGCAAGCUCGAGAAGCCGCGGAACUGGCCAACAGGACCAAGUCGGAGUUUUUGGCUAAUAUGUCUCACGAAAUCCGGACGCCGAUGAACGGCAUUAUCGGCAUGACCCAGCUUACCCUCGAUACGGACUUAACACAGUACCAGCGAGAGAUGCUCAACAUUGUAAAGAGCUUGGCCACCAGCCUCCUUACUAUUAUCGACGAUAUUCUGGAUCUGUCAAAGAUUGAGGCUAGAAGGAUGGUGCUCGAGGAGAUUCCUUACACACUUCGAGGGACAGUGUUCAACGCGUUAAAGACACUGGCAGUCAAGGCCAACGAAAAAUGCCUUGAUUUGACCUUCAAGGUCGAUAGCUCGGUCCCCGACUACGUGGUUGGCGAUUCGUUCCGUCUGAGACAGAUCAUCAUGAACCUGGUCGGCAAUGCCAUCAAGUUUACCGAGCGUGGCUCAGUGGGUUUGACCAUUCGCGAAAGCCCGGAGCCGUCACCGAUUGACCCCGGAGAGUAUGCCUUGGAAUUCGCCGUCGAGGAUACCGGCAUCGGCAUUGCCGAAGACAAGCUGGACCUCAUCUUCGAUACCUUUCAGCAAGCCGACGGCUCCAUGACGCGCAAAUUUGGCGGUACCGGGCUGGGUCUUUCUAUUUCAAAGCGACUCGUCAACCUCAUGGGGGGAGACCUCUCUGUCAGUAGCGAGGCCGGCAGGGGCAGUCAGUUCUACUUCACCUGCAAGGUGAGACUAGCGUCCGGAGGAGAGGAGCUUAUCCAGAAGCAAUUGCAGCCAUAUCGUGGCCAUCAAGUGCUCGUCGUGGACAAGGCGCUCCCGAACUCUGGGACAGAGAUUGAGGGUAUGCUCAAGCAACUCGGCCUGCGACCCAUCAUCUUCAGCUUCGACGGGCGCCAGGUUUCCGGCAACGCCAACGGUGCCGUUCCGGAAGAAUGCGACGCGAUCAUCGUCGAUUCCAUCGACACGGCUCGAAGAUUCCGCGCACUGGACCAGUUCAAGUACUUCCCCGUUGUUCUUCUGGCGCCCGUCGUUAACGUCAAUCUGAAAACCUGCCUCGAGCUAGGCAUUACGUCCUACAUGACAACGCCUUGCCAGCUCGUGGACUUGGGCGGCAGUAUGAUACCUGCCUUGGAGAACAGGGCUACGCCGUCGCUCGCCGAAAACACGAGGACGCUGGAGAUCCUGCUGGCCGAGGACAACACAAUCAACCAGAGACUCGCGGUAAAGAUCCUGCAGAAAUACCACCACGUCGUCACAGUGGCAGGCAAUGGGCUAGAAGCAGUGGAGGCGGUCAAGGAGAAGAAGUUUGAUGUGAUUCUCAUGGACAUUCAGAUGCCCAUCAUGGGAGGGUUCGAGGCCACAGCGACCAUCCGCGAGUUCGAACAGCGAACCGGUGCGAAGAAGACGCCCAUCAUUGCGCUGACGGCGCACGCCAUGAUCGGUGACCGAGAGAAAUGCAUGCAGGGGCAAAUGGACGAAUACCUAUCGAAGCCGCUGCAACAGAACCAGCUGCUAGACACGAUUCUUCGAUGCGCCAGCCUGGCAGAGUAG